AUUAACUCCUUGUGAAAUCGGCCCUUCCUGCCUGUGCACACUGCCUUGGCCCGGAGCCACACUCCCAUUGGCUGGCUGUGGGGGCCACUGGGCAGAUAAAAGAGCCGUGCUCGCCGCUCCUGAUGUACACCACUCACUGCUGCGGUGUGUGAAGACUGAAAGAGAGGAGGACCCGACCACGGCUGUGCUAGACAACUUGUACAAUGGACGCUACAGAGUUCCGGAGGAGAGGGAAGGAGAUGGUAGACCUGAUAGCAGAUUACCUGGAGAACAUAGAGCAGAGGACGGUGUACCCCGACGUGGAGCCUGGGUACCUGCGGUCCCUCAUCCCUGAGGAGGCCCCAGAGGAGCCUGACACCUACGAGGACGUGGUCAAAGACGUUGAGAGGGUCAUCAUGCCUGGGGUGACCCACUGGCACAGCCCGUACUUCUAUGCCUACUUCCCCACGGCGAACUCCUUCCCGGCCAUGCUGGCAGACAUGCUGUCUGGAGCUAUUGGUUGCAUCGGAUUCUCCUGGGCUGCCAGCCCAGCUUGUACAGAGCUGGAGACAGUCAUGAUGGACUGGCUGGGGAAGAUGCUCAAGCUGCCAGAAGACUUCAUCGCCGGGACACACGGACAAGGAGGAGGCGUCAUCCAGGGUACGGCCAGUGAGGCAACUCUUGUGGCUCUCCUAGCUGCCCGCUGCAGGGCGGUCAGAAUGAUCCUGGCCAGUGACCCACAACGUCCAGAGACUGGCAUUAACUCCAAACUGGUGGCCUACUCCUCCGACCAGGCUCAUUGCUCGGUGGAACGAGCAGGUAUGAUUGCCGGAGUGAGGAUGAAGAAGAUUCCGACGGAGCAGUCAGACAAGUAUGCUGUCCAGGGAGAGACCCUCCGGAGAAUGAUACAGGAAGACAAGGCUGCAGGACUCAUCCCCUUCUACUUCUGUGCUACUCUUGGGACCACUCCCUCAUGUGCAUUUGAUCACAUUACUGAACUUGGGCCCAUAUGUAAUGCAGAGAAAAUCUGGAUGCACAUUGAUGCUGCAUAUGCUGGGAGUUCCUUUAUCUGUCCUGAAUUCAGACCCCUGUUGAACGGCAUUGAGUUUGCAGACUCUUUCAAUUUCAAUGCACACAAAUGGCUGUUGGUCAACUUUGACUGCUCUACAAUGUGGGUGAAGAAAAGAUCUGAUCUCAUUGGGGCCUUCAAGAUGGAUCCUCUAUACCUGAAACAUGAUCAUCAAGAGUCAGGACUGAUCACAGAUUACAGGCACUGGCAGAUUCCACUGGGCCGAAGGUUCCGCUCUCUCAAGAUGUGGUUUGUGUUCCGAAUGUAUGGGCUCAAAGGCCUUCAGGACUACAUCCGUAAGCAUGUGGAGUUGGCCAAAGAGUUUGAGAGCCUGGUUCGCGCUGACCAGCGCUUUGAGAUCAGUGCAGACGUCGUGUUAGGGCUGGUCUGCUUUAGACUAAAGGGUUCCAACGAGGUGAAUGAGACCUUGCUGAAGAGGCUCAACAAUGGCAGGAAGAUCCACCUGGUGCCGUGCCUGCUGUCUGGUCAGUUUGUGCUGCGCUUCGCCCUCUGCGCCCGCACCACCGAGUCACGUCACAUCCGCGAGGCCUGGCAACUCAUCACACAGCUGGCCGAAGAGGUCAUGCAGGAGCUGCCCCACUGACCAUCCACAUGGACUAGACAGGCUGGGUUGGUCCUGGAGCUGUAUGUAUCAAGCAGUAUUUCAGAGUUAGAGUGCAUGUCUAGGAUCAGGUCCCCCCUGUCCCUUCAUUAUAAUUUAAAAGGCUAAACUGAUCUUAGAAACUGAUCUUAGAUCAGCACUCCUACUCUGAGAUGCUUGAUGAAUAAGGGCCCUAACCCCACCUGACCAUGGCCGGUAUUCAAAAAGCGUCUCAGAGUAGGAGUUUCCAUGUUAUCUCAUUCCUUAUGAAGUAAAAGGCUAAACUGAUCCUAGUUCAGCACGGUUUGAUGCCUACUCUGAGAUGCUACAGGCCUGGAUCUCACUCAGUGGAGGCUCCUGAGGGGAGGACGGCUCAUAAUAAUGGCUGAAACGGAGGGACUGGAAUGGCAUCAAACCAUGCGUUUGACGUAUUUGAUACCAUUCCACUGACUCCAAUACCAGUCAUUACCACGAGCCCAUCCUCCCCAAUUGAGGUGGCACCAACUUCCUGUGAUCUCAUUGUGUUUAAAUCAUCAGCAAAUUGCAGCCCUUUCUCUCUGCUGUUUGAUCCCAUGUGUGUAUUUAUAUGUGUGGUUGUAUGUGAAUCAAUGAAUUUGUGUGGGUGCGCGUGACUAAAUUAAAGGUGCUUUUUGGGUGAAGCAAAUCAUAUCCAGAUGUUAAGGUUUUACCUGAUAAGUUACUGUAGUGUAGGGUUUACUGACAAUACACAAGCAUGUGUUCUAUGUAAAACCAGACUGACUGAGUUCUGCUGUGGAGCCCCAGAGUUCUGCUCUGACUCUACACCAGUGUGCUAAAUAAAUGAGAGAGGCU